AUUGUCAUUGUCAUUGUCAUUCUCAUUCUCAUUCUCAUUCAUGGCGCUCCCUCAAUUUCACUUCCUUCUUCUCCUAGCCCUAAUCUCUCUUCUCUCUAUCUCCUCCUCCUCUUCCACCACCACCAUCCACGAGCUACUCCGCUCCCACGGCCUCCCACCUGGUCUCCUCCCCAAUUCCGUCAAGUCCUACACUCUCUCCGACACAGGCCUCCUCGAGGUCUACCUCGAUCAACCCUGUUUAACCAAAUUCGAUACCAUGGCCUUCUACGACAGCGUCGUCAAAGCCAAUCUCACCUACCGGAGUCUCUCCGGCGUCCAAGGUCUCUCUCAGGAAGAGCUCUUUCUAUGGCUUCCUGUUGUCGAUAUCCUCGUCGAUGAUCCCAAAUCAGGCCUCAUAUUGUUCGACAUUGGACUCGCUCACAAACAGCUCUCUCUCUCUCUGUUUGAAGAUCCACGCGAUUGUAAAUCUGAUCAAGGUGUGUUGAUGAAGAAUGCAAGGAAAAAGAAAGGAUUAUUUGAAGCACAAAGAUAGAAGAAGAAGAUCAUGCCAAAUCUUAAAUUAUAAAUUUUUGUUUUUAAUAAUAAAUAUUAAAUUUAGUAAAUUAGGUGUUCUUAUGUGGUUUUUGUGGGGGUGGUGGUGGUAGGAUUGUAAAGAGAAUGGAAUCGGAUCUACUAAUCAUGUUUAUGUUCUAACUUAUUUCCUUUUGUCCUCGUCCAUGUUGAUUAGAUAACAAUCAAAGCAAAGGAUCUUUAUCUUUUGUGUAAA